AUGUUUAGACGUUGCAUCAUCAACCUCGCACCGAGCGCGAGCGCUUCCGCGGCGAAACUGCCUGCGGGGAAUCCCGUUCAUAAGGGGUGGUAUCGAAAUAACUUAAUCAUUCGUCGGAAAGGCAGCUAUCGUUCUCGUUGGGGAACGGGCGCGGAGGGCUACGGUGCGGGUGUUCCCUUUAGCGAUCAGGUGAAGCUGCACUGUGUGGAUAACACGAACUGCAAACACGUGCGGUUGAUCUCCAAGGCGACGGCGGAGCGCUUUGCGCACUGCCGCGUUUUUCCUGCGGUCGCACAUCGCGUUUCGAUCAACCGCUUCAAAUCUGGCGGUGAAGUCAGUCGGCAUCGGAUCAAACCUGGAAAUAUUUACUGGAUUUGUCUGUUUACUCGUCGACAGACGAACACGCGGAUGAGUGGGUUGCAGACUAAUUUUGAUAGAAAUACGUGUAUUUUAAUGAACGAUCAGAGGGUGCCCUUGGGUUCGCGCGUGAUGUAUUCCGCGGGCAGGCAUGUGAAUCACAAAUAUCACCUAAAGGCAAUGGUUUUGGCGAACUUUUUUGUCUAA